AUGGCAAGCAAACCAGAGACAAGGGCUCACGUCCUCAUUAUUGGCGCUGGACCGGUGGGAAUGAUGUGUGCCUCCAAGCUCUCGCACGCCGGCAUCAAGACGACUGUUGUAGAGAGCGACAAAUUCAUCCCUCCCAUCCCAAAGGCCUUGACCUACACUGCACCAGUCCUAGCAGAUCUGAAAAAGCUCGGCGUCCUCGAAGAGGUGCAGAAAAUCAGCUUCGCGGACGAGCAUGCCAUCUGGCAGUGGCGAACGCUGGGUGGCGAGCUGCUUGCGGACAUGCACUGGUCUCUUCUCGAAGACCAUGCAGAUCCUCGCCUCGUCAAGCCCUACACCCUCCAGUGCGGGCAGCACCUGCUGGCGGAGGUGCUGACGGAAUAUUGCGGGAGAUUCCCAAGCACGGAGGUCCUCUUUGACCAUGCCCUGGUCGGUCUAACUCAGGAUGCUUCCCAAGUCACCGCCCAAGUGUCGAGGUCUGGCGGAGAGCCGUUUGAGAUCAAGGCGGACUGGGUGAUCGGUGCAGACGGAGGGAAGUCCGCCACCCGAAAGUUUAUCGACCAGUCGCUUGAAGGCUUCACCUGGAACGAGAGUUUCGUGGCCAUGAACGUCCAUUUCCCCUUUCCAAAAUACGGCUGGGGUGCUGCCAACUUCCUGAUCGGGGGAAAGGAGUGGGCAGUCGCCGGGAGAAGCGGACCCCUGACUGACCCCUGGCGGGUGGCUUUCGGGGUCGAGGUGGGCCUGACGGACGAGCAAGUCAUGAAGGAUAUAGCGCCAGACCGCCUCAAGCGAAUCCUGCCCGGACCGGAUCCAUACGAAAUUGUCCAAUGCUCCCAAUACCGGGUCCAUCAGCGACAAGUGCAGCAGUACAAGGUCGGCAGGGUGGUGCUCGCUGGGGACGCGGCACAUCUGAACAAUCCCAUCGGCGGAUUCGGCUUGACCACCGGCAUGACAGACGCCGGCUGCAUUUCUGACGCUUUGAUCUUGGUCAUCCGAGGUGAGGCUCCCGAGGAGUUCCUGCAAAAGGCGUGCGAUGUGCGGCGUGAGAUUUUUGCCACGGUCAGCAAUCCGGGAUCGCAGAAGUUCAAGGCCAUGGUGCAGCAAGACCCGGACAACAUCUGCGCGGAAGACCGAGAAUUCUUCGAGAAGCUCAAGAAUGACGCCGAAUUCCACAGGUCGGCUCUUACCGGCGUGAUGCGGCUAUACACCCCGGUGGAAGAUCUGAUGGGCAAAUAG